UGCAAUAGUGUCAAAGAUUUAAUACACGUGAUAUCUGUUCAGUUUUAAAGAACCCUCAUUUCUCUCUUUCCAUAUACCUAAGUUCCUCCAUAUCCACCAAGAACAUCAAAGAUCGAAGAUCAAGAACCAAGAAUCAAGAUCAAGGACAAGAACAAUUGAUCAUCAAGAAAUGGACACGAUUCCCCAAUUGAUGGACAAUUCUCCUUCCUUCUCAUCAUCGGCCACAAACCUCAGCAGCAUCUCACCCACCGCCUCCUCCUCCGCCGCGGCAGCACCGCCGCCGGUCUCCUCAACAGCCGCGGCGGUGGCGAACUCGAGCCGGUACGAGAACCAGAAGAGGAGGGAUUGGAACACGUUCGGACAGUACCUGAGGAACCACCGACCGCCGUUGUCCCUGUCCCGAUGCAGCGGAGCUCACGUGCUCGAGUUCCUUCGUUACUUGGACCAGUUUGGCAAGACCAAAGUGCACACGCCGAUGUGCCAUUUCUACGGCCACCCGAACCCGCCCGGACCGUGCCCGUGCCCUCUCCGGCAAGCGUGGGGAAGCCUCGACGCCCUCAUCGGCCGCCUCCGUGCCGCCUUCGAGGAGAACGGAGGCAAGCCUGAGGCCAACCCGUUCGGAGCUCGAGCCGUGAGGCUCUAUCUCCGUGAGGUUAGGGAUUCGCAGAGCAAAGCGAGAGGUGUGAGUUACGAGAAGAAGAAGCGGAAACGUCCUCCUCCUCCUCGUCCUCCGCCGUCUUCCGCCGCCACAGUCUCCGGAGUUGGUCAUAUUCAGUUUCAACAGCAGCAGCCGCCUCCGGGUACUACUAGUUCUACCGGUGGUUAAAUAAUUUGAGGACCCAGAUGAGGAAAAUGAAGUAUUUCAUCUAUGUGAUAUGUGAAUUCGAUGAAAGUUUCCUGCUUUGUGUCGUGUUGAUAGAUCUCCAUUAGGUUAUAUAUAUGCUUAGUUUUUUUUUUAGUUCAGCAAUCUGGCUGAACUGUGUAUGCGGCUUUGUAGCGAGCUAGGGUUUUAUUUUUUAACCCCAUAAAAUACUAUUUCUCAAUUCUCGUAUAUACACAUCGAUCCAUAUAUUAUAUUAAUCUCCUUCUAAGAA